UAGAGAGCAAGGCAACAAAAUAAAAAUUCUAUUUAUUACUAUAAUCUAUUAUGAUAAUACAAAACAAAACAAAACAAUUCUUAUCUAAACUAUAUAACGUUAGAUAAACACAGUGCAUAUAUGAUGAUAAUAUGUAGGUGAUUGGAAAAUCAGCUCAGUUAGUUAAAUGGGAGUAUUAAGCACCUGUCGACAUUCAUAUAAAGUAGUAAUUCAUUUAGAUGAUCAAUUAAGACAUACAUAUAUCUGUAUAUAAAUAGACAUGUGUAUAUAUGUAUCCAUACAAACAAACAAACUAUAUGAUAUUUCAUGAAGUUAAAAUAACACUACUUUACAUUCAUCAUCUUUUAGUAAAAAUUGAAGGAGACGAAUAAUAAGUCUACUAAUGAAAAUAGAGAAACGAAACAUUAAAACCCUAAAUUUUGACUCAAUCACUUAUACACAUAAAAAAAAUGAUGGUGAUAGAAUAAUAAUAGUAAUAAUACGCUAAAUUAAAUGAAAAAAAAGUAUAGAAUACAUGUUUGGAUUGGUUCCCAAUAUUAUUUGUUUUUAGUAAGCCCUAAUUAUACUGUGCCCACCAUUAGUGUGUCUAUAUAUAUGUAUAUAUAUAUAGUGUAGAAUUAAAGAUACAAAAACAUUAAAUCAUUUCAAAUCAUUUUGAGAAUGGUCUUUCGAAUUGAAGUAAAUCUUGGUAAUGGAUUCCUUCUAUUUAAAACAAUGAAACGGAAAUUUAAUCAUAUACAAUCAGUGAAUAAAUUUAAUAUAAAUAAAAUAAAACAUAUAAAAUAUUGUCAAAAAUAUUGUACAUAUUGUAGUCCUGAACGAUAUACCAUAUUAAUACAUAAUGAACAUUUAAAUCAAAUUCAUUAUACAAUGUGUCCAUAUGAUGAAUUAUUAAUUAUGGCUAAAUCAAUUUGUACAAAUUUAAUGCAAGAUAAUAAUCAGAACGAUAAUAAUAAUAAUAAUAAUAAUAUAACAAUCUUAGUCUUAUCGAUAACUUGCGGUAAACUUUCCAAUUUUACAAGAUACAAUCCUGUUCUUAUUAAUCGAAACAUCAACACUAGUACCAACAACAACAAGAACAAUACUCCUCCUCCUACCAAUAUAAGUAGUACAAGUCAUACAAAAUCAUCAAAUCCCCUUAACACAACAAUCUCUAUAAAUAUUCAAACUAUUAGUAAGACGAUUCAACGAGCUAAACUGGAAAAAGUUGAUUAUAAGCAAUCCAGAACAAAAUCUAAAUGGGGAAUUAUUAAUUUAUCCGCGUGUAAUAAUAUACAUUCCGAUAUUUCAAUUGAUCUAAAUACUUCAGUGAAUAGUAUGAACGAUGGAAAAAAGAAUAUUUGUUACACUUAUGAUAACCAUUAUCAUUAUUAUUGUUGUUAUUAUUACUAUUACUAUUAUUGUUAUCAUUAUCACUAUUAUUCAUAUCAAAAAUCACCUUUGUUUACAACGUUAUGGUCUGAGCAUAUCUUGAAUAGUGGGAGUAAAGAUAUCCAGCUGGGUUCAAAAACACCCAAUAUUAAUUGUGACGCUUAUACUCAAAAAUUUAAUAUCACUCAAAACUCCAAUGAAAAGCACACUGGUAAUAUGGAGAAAAUAUUCAUAGAAAACGAAACAGAUAAUGAAGUAAUGCGAUAUAUGUCUAAGUUUGAUUUGAUCAAAAACUGUGCUCAAAUAAGAUCCGAAAACCACAAACCAAACAGAUUGAAAGAUCUACAGUUAUCAGUUAAUUUACGUCCGCCAGAACCUGUUGGUUGUCAACUACUGCAAAUGAAUUCAGCACCAGUUACGAAAGGAUUGUGA